GUUCGCCUCAACCGCGAGUUGCUGGGCCGGCGGCUGCCCGCUGCGAGCGACCUGCGAGGCGAUUGGGAAGCUCCGGGCUGCAGGAGACGGCGCCACCUGCGGCACCGUCGCCCGGGUCCGGGCCCUGUGACAUUAUCCUGCAAGUCAAUCAAUAUAACAAUUUAAGUCACUUCAAUCAUAAUGGAAAAAUAUGAAAAAAUAGCUAAGAUUGGAGAAGGAUCGUACGGGGUUGUAUUCAAAUGCAGAAACAAAACCUCUGGACAAAUUGUAGCUAUUAAAAAAUUUGUGGAAUCUGAAGAUGAUCCUGUUGUUAAGAAAAUAGCACUAAGAGAAAUACAUAUGUUGAAGCAAUUAAAACACCCAAACCUUGUGAACCUCAUUGAGGUGUUCAGGAGAAAAAGGAAAAUGCAUUUAGUUUUCGAAUACUGUGAUCAGACACUUUUAAAUGAACUGGAAAGAAACCCAAAUGGAGUUGCUGAUGGAAUGAUCAAAAGUGUAUUAUGGCAAACACUUCAAGCUCUUAAUUUCUGUCAUAAACAUAACUGUAUUCACAGAGAUGUAAAACCUGAAAAUAUUCUAAUAACUAAGCAAGGAAUAAUCAAGAUCUGUGACUUUGGGUUUGCACGAAUUCUGAUUCCAGGAGACGCCUACACCGAUUAUGUUGCAACGAGAUGGUACCGAGCUCCUGAGCUUCUCGUGGGAGAUACCCAGUAUGGUUCUUCCAUCGACAUAUGGGCCACCGGUUGUGUUUUCGCAGAGCUCCUGACAGGCCAACCGCUCUGGCCUGGGAAAUCAGAUGUGGACCAACUUUAUCUGAUAAUCAGAACACUGGGAAAACUAAUCCCAAGACAUCAAACUAUCUUUAAAAGUAACCAGUUUUUCCAUGGCAUCAGUAUACCUGAACCAGAAGACAUGGAAACUCUUGAGGAAAAGUUCUCAGAUGCUUCUCCAGUGGCUUUGAGUUUCAUGAAGGGGUGUCUGAAGAUGAAUCCAGAUGACAGAUUAACCUGUGCCCAGCUCCUGGAGAGCUCCUACUUUGAUUCUUUUCAAGAGGACCAAAUUAAAAGAAAAGCACGUAAUGAGGGAAGAAAUAGAAGGCGUCAGCAGAAUCAACUGUUGCCUCUCAUACCAGGAAGCCACAUCUCCCCCACACCUGAUGGAAGAAAACAAGUCCUCCAGUUAAAAUUUGAUCAUCUUCCAAACAUUUAGGAAAAUGUUCUUUCAAGUGCAAAGUAAUUUAAUAUGUACACAUUUUUGUACAAGUGAGAUAGGAAUUCUCAGUGUUUCAAAUGCAAAUGAGCCAUAUGAAAAUUAAGAUGCCUUCUAGAAUUGUUUUGCUCUAAUCAUUGCUGAUUCCUUUCCUCGUGCUUUUUAUAUGCCAACUUUAUCUUUUAGAACAUUUUCUUUAAAUGUUAUAGAGCAUAAAACUGCACAUAUGGAGGAGACAUUUUUGAUUUCAUCAGAGCAGCCCUUCCACUUCAUAUUGAGAAUUUGUGGGCUUGUACUUUGACUUAUGUCAAAGACUUACACUUAUCAUCUUGCUUCAGCUGACCACAUUAUAUCCACAAGUAAACAGCUUGGCAAGCUGUUCUUUAAGGGAUAACAUUACAUUCCCGCAUUUUAAUCCACUGUUAUUCUAACCAGGUCUGUUGAGUAAUGCUGAUAUUUUAUUCGUGCUUUUAUAUUUGUAUAGGAAGGGAACCUUGAAAGGUCAUCUAGGUUUAUCCCUUGAUUCCAGGGCAGACUCUACUUUCUGUGUCUCACAAGACAUUGAUGAUUCUAUUUUUAAAGCUAGCUAGAGAAAAUUCCUUACAAAUUCUAUAAAUUAGAAAAUAGUGGGUGAAUGACAAGAAAUCUGCACCCUCAUGGCAAUAACACCUUGGAUAAUUGACUCUAAGCUGCUGUCCUGUGCCACAUAUAGUUCCUUUCCCUUUCCUCCUCCUGGCUAAAUCAUCUCAGUAUCUUAACUAAUCCUCCUGUGUGUUGUCUAAAUAGUUCAUUGCCAAUACUCUCUUCCUACAUUUGCAUCCAUAGCCUCUGUGAACUUGUGCAGUCCUAAACAAGUAGUGCAUCAUGAUUAGGUUGGUUUGCAGUUAUGUAUGAGGGCAGCAAGAUUAUCUGUCAGUUAAUUUCAUUUUGUGUCUCUUACAAAAAAAAAAGCAAAGCAAACACUUUAGUAGAUGAGCUGAAUUUACUUUGGGUUAUUUUCCCAAAUAGAUUUGACAUAAUACAUAGAUGAACAUACAUUUAUAAAUACGUGCAUAUAACUUUUGAAGCAAAAGUAGAUGCAGACAUCCAAAAAUGAUGCAGAAUGUUUGAAAGUACUUUUGGUUUGCCAACAAAGAACGCAUGUAAAAUAAUAGCACAGGGCUGUCCACCACUGUCUGGCAAUGUGCUCAAAUUCUGCGUAGACAUAUUAUUCCAAAAAUCUUUUGUGAAAGGCACCAAAAGUUAAGUGUAUAUUGUUAUGAAGGAAGCAGUAACACGUCAUCUUCAUCUCUAGAAGUCUGUUGCACUUAUACAAGUUGCACUUAUGCAACUUCAAGAGCUUCUCGCCCAGUGAUUUGGAAGCAUCCAUUCAGUAAGCAAUAUGGCAUCCACCAAUAGUUCUUUGCUCAUAGGAAAGACUUUUUAAAUGGACUGAUUAACUUACAUUCCUAGUAUAAAUAUAAACUAUUUGAGCCUUUUAUUUUUAUUUUGUUAUCAAGAAUCUGUCUCUUCAGAUUUGUAUGUUUCUUGCAUUUUUAAUAGCAUGAUACCACAGAUGCAAGAAAAAUGAGAAAUGAAAGAUAAGAAGUAACUGCUGACAGAUUUAUUUUUAGCUUUCGUAGUGUUUUUCUCAUUUAAGCCUUCUUAUUACCAAACUACUCACGCUUCCCCAGCCCUCCUAAACACACACACACACACA